AGGAAAGGGGGUUUCACGUGAAGAGACUAGAGAACACACAGGAGGGUGCUUCCGGCAGUGGAACUAAAGCGUAUGAAUCCACUGGGCACAGGAGUUUCUGGGCCUUUGUUUGCUCAGUGUCAUGGGUCAGCUGUUCUCUGGCACAGCUAAGAGUGAAGCCUUGUACUCCAGCUUCAGUGAAUAUUUUAAGAAGUUUAAGGCAGAAAACAAAAUCAUUUCUCAGGAAACCAUCACAUUGAUUGAGUUAUACCUGAUAAUAGAAGACCUUCAGCAGGCAAAUAAUGAAAUUACUUCUGCAUUGAGAAAACUUGCUAACACCCCACUCAAUGUCGCUGUGAUAGGAGAGUCUGGAACAGGGAAGUCCAGUUUCAUCAAUGUCUUCAGGGGGGUUGGGCAUGAAGAUGAAACUGCAGCUCCGAUUGGGGUAGUGGAGACAACCAUGAGGAGAACUCCAUACAGACAUCCCAACAUUCCAAAUGUGGUUAUUUGGGAUCUGCCGGGGAUUGGAACCACAAAUUUCCCACCGAAAGAUUAUCUGGAGAAAAUGAAAUUCUGUGAGUAUGACUUCUUCAUUAUUAUUUCAGCCACACGCUUUAGGAAAAACGAUAUAGACCUCGCCAAAGCAGUCAGCAUGAUGAAGAAGGAUUUCUAUUUUGUGAGAACCAAGAUGGACAUAGAUCUAGAAAAUGAAAGGGAAUGCAAAGGCACCUUUAGCAGAGAAACCUUCCUGAAGCAUAUCCGAAGCCAUUGUGUGACUAUGUUUAAGAAGAAUAACCUUCAUGUGCCGCCGAUCUUCCUGAUCUCAAACAGAAAUGUAUCUGACUAUGAUUUCCCGAUCCUGAAGACCAUGCUGCAAAACAAACUUUCUACUCACACAUAUCACAACAUUAUGGUUUCCUUGCCUAAUAUUACAGAGGCAGCCAUUGAAAGAAAACGCACCUUUAUACAGCAGUUUAUCUGGCUAGAAGCCUUCAAAGAUGGAGUUUUGAUGACUAUUCCUGUAGUGGACACCCUCAAAGACAGUGAUGUGGAGAAGUUAAAGAUGAGUUUAAACCACUAUCGAGUUCUCUUUGGAGUGGAUGAUGCAACCCUGCAGUUCAUGGCGAAGGAUUCCCAAGUGCCUGUUGAACAACUGAGAAAAAUCAUUAAAUCUCCUUAUUUGUUAGAAACUAAGAAAAGAAAAGCAUUAGAAGGGAUGCUUUUAAAAUACAUGGAGAAAUCUGCCUCAGCUAAUGGUGGGCUCCUGGCAACAGGUCUUUACUUUAGGAAAUCCUUCUACUUACAACUUCUUUUCCUUGACACAGUGGCUGAAGAUGCCAAAGUUCUCCUUAGAGAGACACAUUCAAGAAACUAGUUCAGACUAGUUUAGGCCAAGCAUGGAGGUGCACACCCUAACACCAGGACUCCACUCAGGAGGCAGAGGCAGGCACAUGUCUGUGAGUUUGAAGGCAACCAAGCUAGGCUACAUAGCGAAUUCCAACUAGAGUUACCUGGUGAGGCCCUGCCUCAAAAGAACCAAGUCAAUAAAAAAUAUGUAAGUUCAAGCUCAAGUCACCCACAGCCACGGACCAUAACCAUGUCAUUAGCCAAUCUGCUAACUACAUGAGACACCUGAGGACCAGGCUCAUUAGUGUGAAUUAUAACAGAAUUCUCUCACUAGCUGAUGUUCUCUCUCACUACGUACCUUUCUGUCUCUCAAACACACAUGCGUGCACACAUGCAUGUGCGCAUGUGCAAGCACACACACACACACACACACACACACACACACACGUACACACACGUAUACACACAUACAUUCACUUGAACUUUACCUAUUCCUGCUAUCAUCAAGCCUGUGUUAGAGAGUGACUAGCAUGGUUUACAGAUUCUCUCAACAGGAAGAACUUAAGACCAAAGUAGAAAGAAACCAUAACCACAGAUCGUAAGUUUGGUAAUGAACAACAAACUCCUAAAAGUCCUGCCACAUUCUUGCUAGGGAUAAUUACUAGAAAACAUCUGUAAUUCUGUGCCAGGAACCACUGGAGAACUCUGAAUUCCUGUCAUUACAUGUCUUGCUUAUGGUUAUUUAGGAUAAAACCUGUUUUAAGCCACACAUGGCACCAUAAAAUAUGUAAUAAAUUGUUGA